AUGGUUGUUCGCUAUCGACCUAUUAAGCAAUGGGGCCGCUACAACACCAAACUGUUCAAAACGAUGUACGCAGCACGGCUGAAGAAAACGUUUACAAAAUUUAUGCUUCCCAAGGCUGUCGAGACACUCGGGAUCAGGGUCGAAGAUCCGAACCAUCCGGACUUUCCUCGCAAGACGACGCCGGACGUGUGCCAGAUUAAUCACCCGGCUUGGGCGCGGCCACCUGCCGAAACCGAUCACCCGUUGUAUAAAGAGACACCUUGCCUCAGGUUUGAUGGCACUGAGUCUUUGGCAGAAGGUGCUGACCAACUACCAAAUUUCCUUCUGUGUGAAAUUGAUUUAGGCUACAAGGAGGCGCUCUCCCUCACCAAGGCCGUUGGCAGGCAAGGCCUGCCGAACGAGCUGUUGAAACGGGCAAACGACGUCCCCAUAGCUGAUUUGGAGACGUUGUUGUGUCGGUUCAUCAUGCAAGCCCACCAAUGGGACUCCACGUUGGAGAAGUUGCCACGACGACGAGAUCCCGUCUACUGGUGGUUCGUCUUUCCGCGGUACUGGGGUAUUCCCUUGUCAAGGAAAAAGUAUGCAUCUUUAUUUCAUGAUUUUCAGGGAUCAGAUAUAUUUAACUUCACUCAAACGCCUCACAUGAUCAUUCGCGCUCCAGAACCAUUGAAAGCUGUAUGCCGUUCACAGCUGAUCACCGAAACCGAGGCUGAGAGCGUGCCAGACAUUUAUCCUAUAGACGGCAGGAUCGACCUGAUCAAAGAUCAUAUCUACAACGAAGAAACCUUACUACCUCCUGAGUUGCCCUCGUCGCCGCUGUCGAUGCACACGUUGUUGAUUAACAAAGACAAGGAUUACUAUCAUCCAUGGACGGCAUCGGAAACCACAGGAAAUGCUAUCUUGUGCUGUUUUACUGCCGUUAUGGUAGCGGCGAAACAGAAAUACGGUAAUUACAAAGGGGUUUUGCCGGUCCCCAUCGUGACCCAGUGUAUCCAAUGUUGCGAUAAUGUCCUAGAUUUCGUGAUUUUUCAACUGAACACCACCGAUUUUUCCGAUGACAAGGGGAUAAAAAAUAUUGUAUAUUUCGACGGAAGUGAGAAGUCACCAUUAUCGAAGAUAAAAUUUAACAUAUUUGUAAUUUAG